UUUAGUGUUAGAGGUACAGAUGAACAACGAGUUGAAGCAGCUCUCCGAAGACCUUCACCAGGUGAAAGGAUGUGUAGGGCAACUUCAGGGGGCAUUUCAGCAUAUUAUGAAAGUUUUUCCACCUCCGAAACAAUAUGAACAACUCGUACAACUUGUGAAUUCUCUAGACCCAUCUGGGUUGAGUGCCGACGACAAUACCAUUUUACAAAAGUUGAAGAACUUGUUAAAUUGUGCGCCUGUAAAGGUGGGAGCCAAGAUUAAGCUGCUUGUAGAUGAAGAUAAAUUGCCGUUUCUCCAAGCCCUUGGUGCCAUACCAAGCAUGAAGUUUCUUCAAGCACCUACUCUUGACUAUCUACUUGACUAUGGCCAUGAAUCCUAUCGCAUAAGUGAGGAUUUGGCUAUCCUCAAAGAGCUUGAGUCCAGUGAGGAUGAUCUUCAGGACUCUGCUGAGUAUGGAAAAGGAGAAAUCCAAUUGCCGAUGUUAUUACCUUUACAAGAUGAACUUCUUUUCCAGAAAGCAUUUCAUGACCCUUCAUUCGUGGACCCCAUAAUAGAGAUUCAAGACGUGAGCAAGUACACGCUGUUCUUCAACACUAAACUUAUCCACCAGGGAACUUACUAUUUGAAGUUGAUAUUGUGGGAACUUGUUGACUUUAAAUAUCCCCACAUAUAUUAUGCUGAUGCUGAAGUACUUGUACUGAAGCUCAUGGAUCAUAAUGUGCUUUUCAAGUUAUCACUAGUCUACAGGCUUGUUGAUAAUUUCAAGUUCAAAUUGUCAGACCGGAUUUCUUUUGAAAACAAGAUUUCCAUGAUAAGUGAUCUCUUUCUAAGUUAUAUGGGGGCAUUAUCAAUUGAGAAAUCAUUGCCUGAGCUCAAGAUUUGGGUUUAUAAAGUGUUCCGAGUUAUUCUCCCAAAGCUAAAACAACAAGACUUCAAGUCCAACACGUUAGGACCUGCUAUUCGGAGUAUGUUCACGUUUACGUUCUCUGAAAUGAACUAUCAUUUUGAGACUCUUGAAUCAGAUCCAUACGUGGUGAAGCUAUAUAUCAAAGGGGUUUCCACGAUUGGAACCAACUCUAAGAGCGAGGAAUUGGCACAACUUAAUGCCAUCAAAGAGUUCAUGAACAAUAAAGACUAUAAGCACAAGUUGCUACACGAACAAUAUCUUAUCUCCUACAAAGCAAACGAACUCAAACAAGAUGUUGAUAGGUUUGAAAAGCUUCUUCAAGACAAUAAUAUUGCCGUCAGCUACGAGACCAACUCUGCUGGACCCGUUUAUCACUGUGUCAUUAAAUGGAACGCGGUAGUUUUGGGAGUAGGUAUCGAUAAAAGUGAAACCAUGGCCAUCAAAAAAAGUCAGCAAUCAAGUUAUAAUAACCUCAGUGUGUUGUUAAAACAAGAUAAUCUCUGACAUUGUAAAUUCAAACUCCCUUCACACAUAUCUAGCCAACCAAAUAUUAAGCAUCGCAAAGUACCCGAAGUGCUCUGCAACAAACAAACGACUUCAUAAUCCCUUUCUCCUCUCUAUAUCAUGGUGCAGGAUUAAUCUUAUACGUGGUAUUGUGUGUAUAACCUGUCCGUAGAACUCUACUUGCUGUAGUGAAACCUGUAGGCUUAUUUGGAGUAUUCUUCUUACAAGUUCACAAAGCCAAAUCGAGGACCCGGAGGUGCCAAGACAAGGUAUAUACCUGAGAUAUUUGCAAAUAAAUUACAUUCGCAUUA